AACUGAUGUUCCAAUGUCAGUAUGUGGGAAUAUUUAUAAAAAUGAAAGGCGUCGUUCUUGCAUCAGUCGUUGUAAUUUCGAAUUUCGGACUCACUGGGCCGCUGUUGUACUAUUUGUCGAGGCUGUGUGUUGUUUGGCUGCAGAUAUUUCGAGUCGUCACAAAUCAGUUACUCUCAGACGUCGAGCACAGAGCAGCAAUCGGACCGAAGCUCAAACUGGCGUCGUGAUUCUUGUCCCUUUUUACGGCUGGAUUACCAAAAUAUUGGAUUGUACAUUUGUUCUUCGUGGAUUUGGACACCAAUGGACGGAUAAAUAUCCCCUUUGUGCUGCGGCUGCGGGGUCGGACGGAACAAUGAAACGGCAAGUGCUGCUGCUGGUCCUCUCCAUCCUCUGCUUCCAUCCUGUCUUCGGGCAGGUCAGCUAUUCUGUUCCGGAGGAAAUGGCUAGAGGAUCUUUGAUCGGAAACAUAGCUGAGGAUUUGGCUUUGGAUGUGAGGAGACUGAGAGCGGGUAAAGCGCGUAUAUACACGGGAGACAGCGCCCAGUACAUCGAGCUCAAUCGGGAGAGGGGGGUCCUCCUCAUCAAAGAGAAGAUGGACCGUGAAUCUCUGUGCAGGCAGGACGCGCCGUGUGCCUUACAUUUCCAGAUCACUCUGGAGAACCCGCUAGAAAUGUUUCCCGUUACUGUAGAAAUCACGGAUAUCAACGAUAAUCCUCCGGUAUUCCAUGAAAACGAAAGAAGAUUUGAAAUAAGCGAGUCUGCCGUUAUCGGCUCCAAAUUCAUGCUCGAUCAGGCAAUCGACGCUGAUAUAGGUCUGAACGGUCUUCAGGGCUACAAACUGAAACCCAGCGACAGUUUUAAUCUGAAACUACACAGUCAGUCAGACGGGAGUAAAAAGGUGGAAAUGAUCUUGCAGAAACCUCUGGACAGAGAGAAGCAGGAGCAUCUGUCUUUAGUUUUAACAGCUGAGGAUGGAGGAAAUCCUCAGCUGACUGGCACCAUGCAGAUUCAUGUUACUGUGCUGGAUGCAAACGAUAACGCUCCUGUCUUCAGCAAACCAGUUUAUGAAGCAAAAAUCACAGAGAACUCACCUGUCGGCACCUUAGUGACCAAAGUCAGUGCGACAGAUGCAGACAAAGGCUCAAAUGGUGACGUCACGUACGUGAUAGGGAAAACUAUGAACGCCUAUUCUAAAUUAUUUCAUGUCAAUACUGAUGGUGAAGUCACACUUAAUGGUCCAGUUGACUAUGAAAAAGACAAAAAAUAUCACAUUGAUAUAGAGGCGAUUGAUCAGGGCGGACUAUCAGAUUCAUGUAAGUUGAUCAUUGAUGUGAUCGAUGUGAACGACAACAGCCCAGCCAUAAAUAUGAUUUCAACAACCAGUGCAGUGCCCGAGGACUCAGACCUGAAAACUGUUAUAGCCUUAAUGAGCGUGAACGACCCUGACUCCGAUGUGAACGGCAGAGUCCAGUGUGUUAUACAUGAGAAUAUUCCAUUUCAGAUCAAAGGCACUUCUAAUAACUAUUACAGCGUCAUGACAGACGGAGAGUUGGACAGAGAGAGUGCGUCAGAGUACAACAUCAGUGUGAGCUGCUCUGAUGAGGGAGUGCCCUCCCUCUCCAGCAGCGUCACUCUCACCUUACAGAUCUCUGACGUCAAUGACAACCCUCCUGUCUUUGAGAGGAGCUCAUAUGAGGCCUACAUUGUAGAGAACAACACGCCAGGUCUCUCUAUAUUCACAGUCAGAGCCACCGACGCCGACUGGAACCAGAACGCUCGGGUCUCUUACAUACUGGAGGACUCCUCUGUGAACGGAGUGUCCGUCUCCUCGUAUGUGUCCGUCAGUGCUGAUAGCGGAGUCGUCCAUGCAGUGCGCUCUUUUGACUACGAGCAGAUCAAGGACUUUGAGUUCCGGGUCAAAGCUCAGGAUGGAGGCUCCCCUCCUCUCAGCAGCAACGUGACUGUGAAAAUCCUGAUCCAGGACCAGAACGACAACCCUCCUCAGGUUCUGUAUCCGGUCCAGACUGGUGGCUCUCUGGUGGCUGAGAUGGUGCCUCGCUCAGCAGACGUGGGCUAUCUGGUCACUAAAGUGGUGGCUGUUGAUGUGGACUCUGGACAGAACGCCUGGCUCUCCUAUAAACUGCAGAGAGCCACAGACAGGCCGCUGUUUGAAGUGGGCUUACAGAAUGGAGAGAUCAGAACCAUCCGACAAGUCACCGAUAAAGAUGCUGUGAAACAAAGACUGAGCGUUACAGUGGAGGACAACGGGCAGCCCUCUCGUUCAGCUACAGUCAUUGUGAACGUGGCGGUGGCCGACAGCUUCCCAGAAGUCAUGUCAGAGUUCACUGACUUUACACAGGACAAGGAGUACAACGACAACCUGACUUUUUACUUAGUGUUGGCUUUAGCUGUAGUUUCCUUCCUCUUCAUCACGUGUCUAGUGGUGAUUAUCUCAGUCAAGAUCUACAGAUGGAGACAGUCUCGCGUCCUGUAUCACUCCAAUCUCCCUGUGAUUCCAUAUUAUCCACCACGUUACUCAGACACUCUGGGGACAGGGACUCUCCAGCAUGUGUACAACUACGAGGUGUGCAGGACCACUGACUCCAGAAAGAGUGACUGUAAGUUCGGCAGAGCCGGUAGUCAGAACGUCCUGAUCAUGGACCCCAGUUCUACAGGGACGAUGCAGCGCAUGCAGAGUGAAAAGAGCAUCCUGGAUGAACCAGACUCUCCUCUAGAGGUCAGAAUGCCAUUUUAACAUUUACUUCAACUUUUGAUAACACCUUUUCUUUCUCUUUUUUUCUGAAUCUUGUGGUUAUCAAGUUCAGCACCACGGACAGAGAUCCUCAUGCUCACGUUGAAUACUUCAGUCGUAGCUAUUUUUGUUCGAUUAUUUUUCGUUAUAGUACGCAAAUAUGUGGCAGCCAGAAGUAUAUGCAUUCAAAAAGAAACAUUUUUGCCCUUUUGCUUGAAAUCACUUUCAUUUUGCUGCUUUGGCUGGUGCGCUAUUUCUCUUUGCCUCGUUUUCUUACAUGCUUGACAGGUUCAGGUGAAACACAAUAUGUUCUGUCUACUUUUAAUAUCUUGCAGUGCUCAUGUUUGAACUCUAAGGGACGCUAUGCUACUGUGUUUGGUCUAUUCAUGCUGCGUUGUCGUCAGAUCAGUGAGUGUCUGAGCGCAGUCGAGGCGAAUGUUCGUUUCUGGAUCACACGGAGAAAGAGAGAACGUUAACUCUCUGUUCUACAAGUCGAACUUUCGUUGCUGGAUAUAUUUCUCCUUUAUCUUCUUUGACACUCGGAUUUACUAUUUGAAACGGAUUACGGAUUUUAUUUAGGAAAUAACGUUUUCUUUGUUUUUUUUGCUGGUCGCGAGGAACAAUGAG